CAUAAUUUAAAUGCCUUGUCCUAGUGAGAUUUGUUUUUAAUCAGUUGUCAUCCGUAUUGAUCGAACGAGAGAACGAGACCGAGAGAGAACGAGCUAGAAUUUGACACCUUCGAUAGUGACUUGUCAAACGUUUCUUGUCUUUCGUGGAUUGAAGAUGGUGCGCGCUAAAAAGCAACUGUGUAAGCAAAAAGUUGCAGUCUUAAAGUCUGCGGAGGACCAUAACAGCAAAUUCAUCGAAGAACUCGCAGUUAACGAGAGUUCCGGAACGAAACGAACCCGUUCGCCGUCCCAACCUCCAGAAGAGGCGGCCAAACAAAAGGGCGGACGACGCCAUCGCUCGGGUUCUAAAACAAUAGAAGCAAAUUCGAACAAAAACCCUUCCGCCUCACCAUCACCGGGACCGUCGAGAACACAAAAGGAGAAGAAACGUGGCAAAAUUCAGGAUCGUUCCCCAAUUCCUCUCGUUCCCGCUCGUCGUUAAGACAGCAAGAUGGAGCAAACAAACGAAAUGGCCCGGCUAUUCCUCCCCGGAACCGCUGGCGAUGCCGCAGGAAGAAUGUUUUCGACGAGAGACGUACGAUCGCGAGCAUGGUGCCGGCGAUUUACGAGGCCAGGAUCCGCCUCCUCCUCCACCGCCAGGGCAAGUGACGCAGGACGAGUUUGCUCGAAGACUUGCUUACGAUCGUGAGCAUGGUCGCGGCAACUUGGGGACGACGAAUCCACCCCCGCCUCCUUCGCCCGUGAUGCCGCAAGACGAGUUUGCUAGGAGACUUGCUUACGAUCGUGAGCAUGGCCGCAGCAACCUGGGGACCACGAAUCCACCCCCGCCUCCUCCGCCCGUGAUGCCGCAAGACGAGUUUGCUCGAAGACUUGCUUACGAUCGUGAGCAUGGCCGCAGCAACUUGGGGACCACGAAUCCACCCCCGCCUCCUCCGCUCGUGAUGUCGCAGGACGAGUUUGCUCGGAGACUUGCUUAUGAUCGCGAGUAUGGUCGCGGCGAUUUGCGAGGCCACGAUCCGCCCCAGCCUCCUCCGCUCGUGAUGUCGCAGGACGAGUUUGCUCGGAGACUUGCUUAUGAUCGCGAGUAUGGUCGCGGCGAUUUGCGAGGCCACGAUCCGCCCCAGCCUCCUCCGCCCGUGAUGCCGCAAGACGAGUUUGCUCGAAGACUUGCUUACGAUCGUGAGCAUGGCCGCAGCAACUUGGGAACCACGAAUCCACCCCGCCUCCUCAGCUCGUGAUGCCGCAGGACGAGUUUGCUCGGAGACUUUCUUAUGAUCGCGAGCAUGGUCGCGGCGAAUUGCGAGGCCAUGAUCCGCCUCCUCCUCCCCCGCCAGGGCAAGUGAUGCAGGACGAGUUUGCUGGGAGAAGUGCUUGCGAUCGCGAGCAUGGCCGCGACUUUGGGGCCACGAAUCCACCUCCGCCUCCCCAAAGAUCUCGCUCUUCUUCACCUGAACUACCUAACCCGAGUCCCUCGACGAUCCCGGAACCUGCUGCACCACCUAAGCCAAGAAGGAAGACAGCGAAGAAAAAUUAUGCUGCAUCUCAAGUUGACAUGUUUUUGUCAUCCGAAUCGUCUGAAGAUGAGGAGGUCAACCUAGAUCCCAGUGCUGAUUGUUCCUCAUGUAACUGGAAAACGAAAUACUUAAAGCUUGCUGCUGGUCACGACAAGCUGAAGAAGAAAUUGAAUAGUACGAAAGUGCAAAGAAACAGAUUGAUGCAGUCUUUGACAUCAGAUCUACUCAAUGAACCGAAGACGUUCACUACCGAAGAAGGAUUUCCUCCAAUUGUGCAGCUGCAAGCUAUGGCAAACACUACUCGGAAACCAUACUGCUUCGUGAGAACCCUAAUGCAGGAGAUAUGGCCACGCGGGUUUGGUAACAAAACGGUUACGGGAAAUCCAUCUAAGAACUGUCUUGGCCGACCCUCUCGAUCAUCGAAAUCCGCAUCGCGCCAGAGCCCCAGAGAAGUCGAUGGUGCAUUGGAAGCUAAUAAGGUUAAAUAUUUACGAGAUCGACUCGUCGAAUUUUUGACUUUGCAAGGAACAGAUGUGGCUACUGCAGCGGAUAUAGUUUAUAGCCAGAGUGGAAAAUGGUUUUCACAGAUUAUUUGUCUGUACAAUAAGAAAGGAAAGUGGUGAUUUCGAAAAUCUUCGAAUAAUUUUUGAUUUCCAAUCAAUCACAGCAAAUCCGUGUUUUAGUACUUAGUGUUUAUGACUUGAUUCGUUAAAAUUAA